GUCGGCCUUGCGUACAGGACCCGGUUGCUUCUUCUGGAUUAAAGAUGUGAUAAGUUAAGGAUAAAUGAAGGUAAUAUGGGUAUUUUACACAUAUCAAGAUGUCAAGUCUGGGCGGGUCUCCUUGUCAGUGAUGGUAGUCGUAGCAGUAGCAGCGGCGUAGUAUCACUGCAAAACAGCUCAGUUUGUCGUUAUCAGAUAUCAACAAAUAUAUUCUAGUAUUGCAUUCAUCAAUACAAUACUCAAUCUACUCUCAUAAUCUCUCAUCACCACUGUCCGUCGAUGAUUGCUGCCAUCGCGACUUAACCCCCUCAACACCGACCCCCACCAUAAACUCUAAUCCACCACCUCCAUCCGCCGGCUCUCUCUAAUCUUCCACUCCACCGUCUCGCCGUACACCCUCCAGCCUCCUACUCCCUCCCGUCUCAUGAGGCCAUGCCGAUCAGCCUUAGAUGAGACACAGAGUGCCAGUCCUGCCGCUUGCCAGUCUCUAGAUGCCAUCUGCCGCUCUCUCUGCACGUGAGAAGGAUAAGACCGCCGAUGAUCGUGCCUGCCCUGGCGAUGAUUCACAUGAACGGGCUCGGACCCCCAGCAGUCGAGAGUCGAUGAUCUGCGGAGGUAUAGCUGGUCUGACCUCUAGAUUUUUCGUCGCGCCUCUCGACGUCGUCAAAAUCCGGCAACAGCUCGAAACUCAUUCGUUAAGAGGUGCCGCACCGCGCCGCGAAUACAGCGGAAUCCUAUCCUCUCUGUACAAAAUAUACAAAACCGAGGGCUUGACCGCUCUAUGGCGAGGAAACCUUCCUGCCGAACUUCUCUACCUCGUCUACGGAUCCUGUCAGUUCGCCGUCUACAGUCACAUCCAGAAUAACCUCUCUCCUCUCGACAUCCCCGAUGCGGCCAAGAACUUCGUCUCCGGCGCCUGCGCUGGCGCAACCGCAACAGCGGUAACCUACCCUCUCGACCUUCUCCGCACGCGCUUCGCCGCCCAAGGCGACGGCGCCCAUCGCGUCUACAAAUCGCUGCGUCACGCGUUGCUCCAGAUCCACAAAGACGAAGGGUUGACAGGCUACUUCCGAGGUCUGCGACCCGCUAUCGCCCAGAUCGUGCCGUACAUGGGCUUCUUCUUCGCCUCCUACCAGCCGUGCAAGUUAGCCAUGUCGAGUCUCGAGCACGAGUACGGCGUCAACACAUUCGGAUCGGGAGACGCCAUCGCCGGAAUGAUCGCUGGCAUCGUCUCCAAAACGUGUGUCUUCCCGCUCGACGUCCUCCGCAGACGCUUACAAGUCCAGGGCCCGACCCGCGAGAAAUACGUCUUGGCUGGCGUCCCGACCUAUCCCAACUCCAUAGUCGGAUGCGCGCGGGCAAUCGUGAAGAAUGAGGGCCCUCGCGCGCUUUACCGUGGACUAUGGGUCGCGCUCGUGAAAAGCGCGCCGACGAGCGCAAUCACAAUGUGGACCUUUGAGAGCUCUCUUAUCGCCUUGCGCUGGUUCGACAACAAGAUGGAGACUCUAAAGGCAUAAUGAUCUACAGAAUAUGAUAUGAAACAGUGUAUUAUAAUAAUGCAUCAGAUUUUAACAAAUAAUAUUACAGUUCCCAUCCAGAGAGAUACGCUUUGCUGUCUGUACCCCCAAACACAUUCGACACCAGCUCGAACUCCACCGCGGGAGCCUUUCUAAUCGUCUUGACAAACUCCGCAUCCAGCAUCUAUUAAACAGACAAUCAGUAAACCAAUUCUCUCGAUUCUGAUAAACAC